UUUCUCUCUCUCUCUCUCUUUCUCUUUUUUUAUUAUUAUUAUUAUUAUCAUCAAAAGAUUUUAGUAUCAUUUCAUGAUAAACUAUUCAGAUUCAAAUACAACAAUAGACUCCUCUACCCCUGAACCCUCGAGACGAUAUGUUCAAUGGAAAGACGAAGAUAUUGGUCUUUUGUUAUCUGACUUGGAACAGCCAGGACAUUAUGAAAAAUGGAAAGAGAAUAAGUCAGGUUAUUCAAAAAGAGUUGGAGAACAGAUAUUUAAUAACAAUAUGAACCAUGAAGCGAUUAAAUUCAAGGUACGAUGGCUAGAAUCUCGAUUUAAACUCUGGAAUGAAAAAUUGACAUCAACUAAAGUGAAAGAAGAUGAGACUAUUAUAAAUAAUAUUCGAGAGAAAAUGCUUAAAGAGUUCCCGUAUUAUGAUCGCUGUAAACCUAUAUUCGAAAACGCUUCCUUAGCUGAUCCUUCAAGUAGCGCUUUACCUGCAGGACAAAUGGAUAUAACAAACACAUCAAAAUAUGAAGUAAGAGAUCCUAAAUUGGAAUCUCUUUCUCAAGUAACAGCAGAAUCUUCAUCACCUAUCUUAAAUACGCUUUCUUCUCCUCAUUCCCAACAUUAUGAAGAGCAGUCAAAAACAGAAUAUACAACCUCUAAACGACCUUCCAACUUUGACACAAUCGCAGCUCCCACUGAUCCAAGUUGUAAGAGAUCAAAAAUAUCUUUAGAUACAGUUCGAUCCAUUUUUGAAGAACAUACUAUCGAGUACAAUUUGAAUAAUGAAUCGAUGCCAAGAGAUGCGAAAUUAAAAUUUUUAGAAAUAGAACUUGAACUCAAAAAAAUGGACCAUCAAGAGCGUAUGCAAGAGAUGAAAUUAGAGCAGUUAAGACUAGAAAUCGAACUUCAAAAACUAAAGCGAGAUACAUCAAAUUCAAUCACUUAAAACAAGACGACCACUUUUUUUUUUUUUUUUU